AUGACAAACAAAGCAAACAUCGUUGGACUUGGUAUGGUCACACACCGUAGUGAAGUGGCAUCCAAUAACCCUGACCAACCGACACAUCUGGAAGUCACCGUCUUACAUCACGACUGGUCUUCAAAGGUCAUUGACGUCAGCGUCACAAGCGGUCAUCACAUCGGAAAACAAAAUCCCGUUGCUUCCACCAGCAUCGUCAAAUCGGCAGGAGACGGGCGUACCAUCCCAGCCAAUCCCAAGAUUCCGAAGGUCAAGGAAAACUUCUCCUCGCCUUCCCCAUCAUCCAGCAAAGCGAAUGGGAAGCGCAAGGCCAAUGAGCCAAAGCUCCAAGAAACAGACAAAGAGACUGACUCCGAAAGCAAUCAAAGUCAAUCAGACCAGUCGCCUGACGAAGCGCCCCCACCCGCCAAGAAGGGUUGA